ACAGUCCCGGGCCACAACACGACACCGGAAGCGGCGGCCGUUGAUUGGCUCGUAGAUUGGCAAGCUGAGUCGUGAUUGGUCUCUGAGGUGUCGAUCCCUUAACUGGGCCCGACGACGGGACGUGUCGCUCGCUUUAAGCGUCACGGCCUAACCCGGAAGUGGCUGGUGUAGUUUUCCAACCACUGGCUUCCUAUGCUGUUUAGAAGUGAGGAAACGUCAACUCCCAGACAAACCAUUCGCAACGGCUAUUACGUAAUGACCCGUCUGCGCUAAUAUCACCUUCUGUUUGCUAAGUAGCUAUCCGUACGGGAAUGUGGGUGUUAUGUAUCGAUGCGGACACUAACGUUAGCAGAAUAACGCGAACAGUCGAAACGGUACACCCCUUACAACCACAACCAUGUUCGGCCGUUCACGGAGCUGGGUCGGAGGACCCGGGAAACCGAAAAAUAUCCAUUCUUUGGACCAUUUAAAGUAUAUGUACCAUGUCCUGACCAAAAAUACCACAGUGACCGAGCACAACCGAAACCUUUUGGUGGAGACCAUCCGCUCCAUCACAGAGAUCCUCAUCUGGGGAGACCAGAAUGACAGCUCUGUAUUUGAUUUCUUCUUGGAGAAGAACAUGUUUGCCUUCUUCCUGAACAUCCUGCGUCAGAAGUCGGGGCGCUACGUGUGCGUCCAACUGCUGCAGACUCUCAACAUACUGUUUGAGAACAUCAGCCAUGAGACUUCCCUUUAUUACCUUUUGUCAAACAACCACGUGAACUCCAUCAUCGUCCACAAGUUUGACUUCUCGGACGAGGAGAUCAUGGCCUACUACAUCUCCUUCCUCAAGACUCUGUCGCUCAAGCUCAACAACCACACCGUGCACUUCUUUUACAACGAGCACACCAAUGACUUUGCCCUGUACACCGAGGCCAUCAAGUUUUUCAACCACCCCGAAAGCAUGGUUCGCAUCGCUGUCCGAACCAUCACGCUCAACGUCUACAAAGUUUCAUUGGACAACCAGCACAUGCUGCACUACAUCCGAGAUAAGACCGCCGUCCCGUACUUCAGCAACUUGGUGUGGUUCAUCGGCAGCCACGUCAUCGAGCUGGACAAGUGUGUGCAGACGGACGAAGAACAUCGGAACCGGGGGAAGUUGAGUGACCUGGUAGCCGAGCACCUCGACCACCUGCACUACCUGAACGACAUCCUCAUCAUCAACUGUGAAUUCCUCAACGACGUUUUGACCGACCACCUCCUCAACCGCCUCUUCCUGCCCCUCUACGUCUACUCUCUGGUCAUCCCUGAGACGUCCGAAGAGCGAAAGAUUAACGCGCAGGUGUCCCUCUACCUGCUGUCUCAGGUGUUUCUGAUCAUCCACUAUCAGCCGCUGGUCAACUCCCUGGCCGAAGUCAUCCUCAAUGGAGACCUGUCUGUCUUCACCCCACAGACAAAGUAUACGGCCAGUGCGGGAGGUGUGCGUCGCUUCACCAAGCCCUCGGAGUCUCUGGAGCGCUCCCUGGAGCUGUCCCGCCAUCGCGGGCGCAAGAGAACUCAAAAGAGGCCAAACUACAAGAACCUGGGCGAGGAGGAGGAGGACGAAAGGCCCGGGGGAGGUGGAGGAGGAGGAGGAGGAGGUGGUGGAGUAGGAGGAGGAGGAGGAGGAGGAGCGGAGGAGGGCUGGGACGAAGAAGGCGGCGAAAGAGAGGGCGGCCGAGAGAGGGAGAAGGGAAAAGGUACAGAGGGAGGAGGAGGAGGAGGAGGAGGAGGUGGGAGUUCUAAGGGAAGCAGAGCGAGUGGGGAGACGGCGGAAGAGAUAGAGAUGGUGGUGAUGGAGAAGUGCAAGGUGUCGGAUCUGACGGAGCAGAACAUCACCGACGAGGAGAAGAGCGCCGCGGCCACUCGCACGCACGCGCACAGGAGCAGACCGUUCCUGGACAUGGUGUACAGCGCCCUGGACUGCAACGAGGACGACUACCACGCCCUGUUCGUCCUCUGCCUGCUCUACGCCGUCUCACACAGCAAAGGAAUAAACCGAGACCUGCUGGAGCGGCUGCAGUUACCAGUUCCAGACCAGGAGAAGAGCUGCUACAGCCUGGUGCUGGUAGAGCGACUGAUCAGAGCCAUGAGCCACGCAGCACAGCCGGAUGGUAAAGUGCGUUUAGCCACCCUGGAGCUGAGCUGCCUCCUCUUGAAGCAGUCGGUGCUGUCUGGAAGCCGCUGCAUAAUCAAAGAUGUGCAUCUGGCCUGCCUGGAGGGUGCGAGAGAAGAAAGUCUGCAUUUACUGCGGAGAUUCUACAAGGGCGAGGAGAUCUUUCUGGACAUGUUUGAAGACGAGUACAGGAGCAUGACGAGUAAACCGCUGAACGUGGAGUAUCUCAUGAUGGAUGCCUCCGUGCUGCUGCCCCCCACCGGUACCCCUCUGACCGGCAUCGACUUCGUCAAGCGGCUGCCCUGUGGGGACGUGGAGAAGACGCGCAGGGCGAUCCGCGUGUUCUUCAUGCUGCGGUCCUUAUCGCUGCAGCUGCAGGGGGAGCCUGAGACGCAGCUUCCUCUGACCCGACCCGAAGACCUCAUCAAGACCGACGACGUCUUAGACCUCAAUAACAGUGACCUCAUCGCCUGUAUGGUGGUCAGUAAAGAUGGCGGCCAGGCCCAGAGGUUCCUCGCCGUAGACGUGUACCAGAUGAGCCUGGUGGAGCCGGAAACCAAGCGCCUUGGGUGGGGCGUGGUCAAGUUUGCCGGCCUCCUACAAGACAUGCAGGUGUCCGGCGUGGAGGACGACAGCCGAGCGCUGAACAUCGUCAUCCACAAGCCCAGCGCCAACCCGCACGCCAAGCCGCUGCCCAUCCUGCAGGCCAACUUCAUCUUCGCCGACCACAUCCGCUGCAUCAUCGCCAAGCAGAGGCUGGCCAAGGGUCGCAUCCAGGCGCGGCGCAUGAAGAUGCAGAGGAUCGCAGCCCUGUUGGACCUGCCCGUGCAGCCCGGUGCGUCGGAGGUGCUGGGGUUCGGUCAGCCGGCCAACGCGGCGCCCGGCGCGCUGCCCUUCCGCUUCUACGAGCAGUCGAGGCGGGCCCCCAACGACCCCACGGCGAGCCGAGCCGUCUUCGCCUCGGUGGACAAAGUACCAGGCUUUGCAGUGGCUCACUGUGCGUCGCAGCACAGUCCCUCGCCCCUCUCCUCCCCCUCGACUCCCUCCAGUGGGAGCGGGAGCACAGGAAGAUGCGACUCUGUUACUGCGAGCACUGUGUCAGCUCAGAGCCCUACAGAUGAUGGUACGUUCUUGGAGCACACGCCGCCCUCCCUCUCGGGCGGAGAAGGGGAAGGAGGAGGAGGAGGAGGAGGUGGCGGCGAUGUAACGCUGUUCUCCUCUGCUCCCUCGGCACCAGUCCAGGCCCUCGCCCCGAGCCUCACCCCGGCCUCCCAGCCCACCAUCUCCCUCCUGACCGACGGCGGCGGCGAGGCGCUCAGCGUGGAGUCGCUCACGCUGCUGCCGCCCGCCGGCUCGCCGCACCUCCAUCCCUGCGCGGGCCACCUGCCCGCAGCGCACUCCCUCCAGAGGGCGGAGGAGCGGUCGCCGACGGAUGAGGCAACGACGGCGACGGAAGAGGAGGCCCCCGCUGAGGAGGAACCGGGGGCAGAAGGAGAAGACGCACCUCCAGAGGAGACGGGAGACCAGCCGCGCGAAAGAGACGAUGAGGAGAACACGGAGAGACGCGCUGAAACCCCGGACUCCCCAGAACUGGAUUAAACACACACACACUCCUCUUUAAGCACGUCCCUCACACCCCGGAGGGCGGGGCGGUGUGGACGCAGCGUGAGACUCUUUUUCACUCUCAGAGGACGGAGGACGACUCACAAAACGGCUUGAAGCACACGUUGUGUCUCGUUGUGUUUUUAGUAAGCGUGUGUGAAGGCGCGUAACCAGCAACGUUUUCUACUCGGUCUGAUCGAUUGUUUGUAAGCUCAAAAACACACACACACACACACACACACACACACACACACACACACACACACACACACACUGUUUAUCUGCACACGACCCUCAUAUGUUCUGUUCAUGGUCCCUUCGAUGCUAACAUACAAACAUGCUAUACAGACAGUGCCUUUGAACCGCUGCCUGUCAGACCCGUUUGCAGCAACUGCCUCUGUGGAGGUGCGUGUGUGCAGGGGGGGGGGGGGGGGGGGGGCUCUAUGAUUCGGGCACUGGUUGGUGGUGUUUUCUACAUUUAGCUCCUGUUUCCAGGUGUAGAGUGAGCACUGUCUGCACUCAUUGGGGCUCCUCUUGUUCUCCAUCGUCACCAUCGAUGCCGAUCCCUUGGGUUGACGGGUUCGUACGCUGUUGCUUGAGUGCCGGUGAGCAACGGCCCAAACACGUCGGAUUUGCUUUUUAAUUUCCAUUCUCGAUCAGCUUCUUCCCCGUUUCCGACGUUCACCGCCUCCAGUGGUCGCAUCGUCUGCGUUACCCACAAUGCCGAUCCACCGGUAUAAAGUGGUACAUAGCUGUUCAUAUCGUAUGCAGUGAAUAAUUCACUGAUUCAUGUGUUCUCUGCAUGAAGCAUUUCAGCCCCCCCAAAAAAAAGCAAAAUAUUGUUUGAUAUUUUUAGACGUACAGAUACAAAGUUGAUUUGCUUGCGUAAAUGAAGCGUAGUAAAACUCUGCAACCCCAACAUCUGUUGAAUGUAUGUGCUGGUGUCCUCUCAAGACACUGACCUGAGAGCAGUGGCUCUAACCACCUAACUAUCAAUGAACCACCCAGUUUAACCAGCAUAAAGCACAGCGCUUGGCUUCAUCCCAAAGUCGGCACACGGCUGUGUUUACAACCUGGAAGGACCAGAAACGAAAGUGAAACUGCUGUGAGGUCAGUGUGGAGACGUCCUUUAAUCGGCUCAAUAAAGCUUUACUACUACCGCAAUAAUCAUCAGCGCCUUCCAAUGAGGGGAGAUUUGGAAUGUAACAACUCAUCUCUGUUCAGAUUGGAUCCUUCAGAUAAGAUCUCAUCGGUGCCAUUAUCUUAACAGCUCAAGUCUUAAUGCGCGAUCAGCUUCUUUUUUUUUUUGUUUUUUGUCUUAACUUUUCUCUACAGUCAUCCACCGGUUUAGAAGGAGACGUUCAGAGUCUCGCUCCUGUAGAUAGCAGAAGAACGACGGUGAUGAUCACUGUCCUGCUGCAGAAGCUCGGCACAAUUCGUAGAGCAGCUUCCGAUGGUUUGAUGGAAGGUGGCGGCGUGUCCCCCGGUAACCAUUGGCAACCGCUACCCUAACACCUCAUGUCAAGCUUCCAUUAAGUCUCUGAAUGUAGUGUCUAUAUGUAAUAUGUUUAUAUGCUCUGUAAAUGCUUUUGGCUUUUAAACCUGUAAUUAUUGUUGAUGAACUGAAACAGAGAAAUAAAUAAAUAAAUAGAGAACUGCAAUAAAUUAUUCUACUUAACACCC